GCUGAGAGAGAUUUGUCUGAAGAAGAAGUUUUCAAUGAAACAACAGACAAAUUAGGCCACAUAAUAUCUAGGAAAAGUGAUAUUUAUGUCCCUGAAAGUGACACAAGUAAAGAUACAUCAAAACAAGAAUCCACCAUGAACAUCAGUCAGGAGUUCUUUGUGGCAGAUAGUGAUAACGAGGAACAGGAAAAAGACUAUGUUUCUGCUCACCCAUCUAUUGUCAGUGUUCCUGAAGAUGCUUUAGAUCAGUUUGAACAUCGUACUGACCCCUUCAGACUUUCUACUGAUAGUGUAUUAACAUGCAAGUCUGACCAUAACCAUGUUGUGCCAUCUUUAGACACUUCCCUGCGAACAAAAGUGUUUUCCAGAAUUGAACCAGAAGGAUGGAAAAACAUUUCCCACAGCUCUCUAAGUUCAGACAAUAAAAAAUCUAAGAUGAGUGGAAACUCCUUUUUGAACCAGAGCCAACUGUCUAAAUCUUCUCAACCUAACAAAGAAAUGGAGGAUAUACAGUCCAGCCAGUUCAACCAAUCAGUGACCAAUAUUGAAACUCACUCAAAAGUAUUGUCUCACAAAGGUUCUUCUGGAAAAAAAUUAUCACCUUCACCAUUCAGACCUUUAGGUUCUCACAAGCAGUCUCCUACAAAGAGGAUAACUCCUCUUCGUGUUGCUUCAAAUUUGGCAACACCCACACUAACAUCUACUUCACACAGUCCUUUUCAGAAAGCACUUGCAUCAUCUGCAGAGGUUAGCUUCAAGUCUUCCAGUCCCUAUACAACUACAGCCAUUUCCAACAGUUUACCAAAAAUGCAGAACUCUUUUACAAAACCUCACUCAUCAACCUCAGAAUAUAAGAAAGUACUCUCAGCUACAAGUCCAGACACUCACCAUGAAAGUCCAAUCUUAACUGUGAAGUCUCGUAACAAAAAUCGAAUAAUUGAGUCCGAUUCUGAAGAUGAUGAUUUUCAACAAGAUGAGACAAAUAAAGAAUCUGAAAACCAUGAUGAGUUAUCUGAUGAACAAGAUUCAGACAAAGAUAAUGAGGCUUCUGGUUAUGAGAGAGAAAAACAUGGUUCAUAUUCCUCAUCAGAAUACACAGAUGAUUCGUCAGAAAGUAGCUUUAACACCAGUAAUCUAACUGAUUAAGAAAAUGACACCACUUAUCUCUCAAGGAGAAAUAAAAUAAAAUAGGUAAAGAAAUAAUUUUAACCAUCAUGCCAUGCAUUAUAUUUUUUUAUAG